AAAUACUAAUGUCUGUUGCCAUCAGGCUACAUUUCCUCCAGGACUGAACUUCUCGUCAUGGCGGCUCAGACUCCUUCUCUGGUCUCAAGUCGGUGGCUGGCAGAUGCCAUCAAAGAUAACCUGGUCGGUCCAAAGCUUUCUAUCCUGGACAGCUCCUGGUACCUUCCCAAAGCUAAGCGGAACCCCAGAGCAGAGUUCGCUCAGAAACACAUCCCGGGCGCCUCGUUUUUCGACAUAGAUGAAUGCUGCGAUAGAAGCUCCAAGUUUGACCACAUGCUGCCGAGCUCCGACUUCUUCUCUCAGGUCGUCGGAGAUCUCGGUAUCGGCAACGACACGCACGUCGUCGUGUACGACACCAGCAGCGCGGGCUCGUUCAGCGCCCCCCGGGUGUGGUGGAUGUUCCGGGUGUUCGGCCACGACUCGGUGUCGGUGCUGGACGGAGGCAUGAAGAACUGGGAGGCUGACGGACACCCGGUGAGCUCCCAGUACAAGAAGCCGGAGAGCAGAGAGUUCCGAGCGACCCUGAACGCAUCAUGGGUGAAGAGCUAUGAAGACGUCCUGGAGAACAUCAAGACCAAGAAGGUCCAGGUGGUGGACGGCAGGUCUGCUGGCAGGUUCAAGGGUACUGAUCCAGAACCCAGAGAGGACAUUCUGCCUGGACAUUUCCCCGGAGCCAUCAACAUGCCGUACCCCAAAUUCCUGGAUCCCUCUGGGAAACAUCUGGGAACUGAGGCCCUGGCCAAGCUUUUUAAAGACGCCGGGGUGGACCUGCAGCGUCCGCUCUGGGCCUCCUGCGGUUCUGGAGUCACUGCGUGUCACAUCGUCCUGGCUGCGGAGCGGCUCGGCUCCCCGGGGGUCCCUCUGUACGACGGCUCCUGGUGCGAGUGGUUUCAGAGGGCCGAGCAGGAGAACAUCAUUUCAGAGUGGGGGAGAACGACUGAGUGAACAAUUAUCAGACGAGCUGCAGAUCAAAAGA